UUCUCUGUUUCUUCUCAUUAAUUUCACUAUAUGCCUUCUUCUCUGUUUUUCUCUCUGUUUCUUGAUCAUCCACUCCAAAUGUAUCUCCUUCUCCAAAGCCACUUCAAAGGCAAAAUACCUUUCCAUGUAUGUAUUAUCACCAUUAUCUUCACAACCUUAGCCAAGCAAACUUCCUCUCUAGACCAAAGCUACGAGACCUGCAAGCCUCAAACAUGUGGAAAUGGUCCGAAUAUAAGCUACCCCUUUUGGCUUUCUGAUCGACAAGAGUCCUUCUGUGGCUACCCGAGCUUCAAGACCGCCUGCGAUGGAGAAAAUCCAGUACUUAGUAUUUCUGACGAUGAUUAUAUCAUUAAAGAUAUCUUCUACUCAAACCAUUCAUUCGUGCUGGCCAACGCUGUUGUGUAUCAUGAUAAAUGUCCACUCCCUCUGCACAACUUUAGCCUUGAUCGAACACCAUUCAGUUAUAGUUCUUCUGAUCAUAUUGAUUUUUCCUUCUUCUACAAUUGCGACAAAGAGCCUAAAGAGUACACGCAUCCAUAUCCAAUUGACUGUGCUAGCAAUGCCAGCCAUCAUUCAUUUGCUAUUUUUCACAAGGAGGUAGUGGAGGACAUGAACUACUCAUUUGACUCAUGCCUGUCUCCGGUGAAUUUGCCUGUUGAUGUGGCAGUUGGUGUCGAGGCCUUGUUGCGAAUGAACUACACUGAAAUCUUGAAGAUGGGGGUUCUUUUGAAUUGGACUGCACAAAAUUGCAGCAAUUGUGAGAAGAGUAGCGGGCGCUGUGGAUUCAAAAACAAUGAAUUUGUCUGUUUUUGCAGAGACGGUCCUCGUUCCCAAACCUGUGACCAUGGUACUUCUGUAGAAACAUUUUCACUUUUAGUAAUUCUUGAAAUUUUCAAAAAACAGCAGUGGAGGUUUCUUCUACUUAUGUGUGGUGUAGUGCUGCCGCUGCUGCAGGAAGUGGGAUCUUACUGUGUUAUCGUUUGUAUUAAAAGUAGGAUGCAAACUUUCAUGAGGACAAAGAGCCAUCAAGAUCUUGAGGCCUUCAUUCAGAACAAUGGACCUCUAGCGGUAAAAAGAUACAAAUUUUCGGAUAUCAGAAAAAUGACUAACUCAUUUAAAGAUAAACUGGGUCAAGGGGGUUAUGGUGAUGUGUACAAAGGUAAGCUACGGGAUGGUUGUCUUGUGGCUGUGAAGGUUCUAAAUGCAUCCAAAGGGAAUGGAGAAGACUUCAUAAACGAGGUUGCAAGCAUUAGUAGAACUUCCCAUGUUAAUGUUGUCACUCUGUUGGGGUAUUGCUUUGAAGGUAAGAAAAAAGCUCUCAUAUAUGAGUUCAUGCCCAAUGGUUCACUUGAGAAGUUCAUCUACAAAGAAAAUUCUUUGAAAACCACUCCACACUUGGAACUGGAAAAACUAUUUGAAAUUGCUAUUGGGAUAGCUCGAGGGCUUGAGUACUUGCACCGUGGAUGCAACACACGAAUUUUGCAUUUUGACAUAAAACCACAUAAUAUCCUUUUGGAUGACAACUUUUGCCCAAAGAUUUCUGACUUUGGGCUUUCUAAAGUUUGUCUGAAGAAGGAGAGUAUUAUGUCGAUGUUGGAUGCAAGAGGGACAAUAGGGUACAUAGCUCCAGAAGUGUUCUGUAGAAACUUUGGAGGAGUCUCUGUUAAGUCCGAUGUCUAUAGUUACGGAAUGAUGAUUCUGGAGGUGGUUGGAGGAAGAAAGAACAAUGAUGUUCAAGUGAGCCACACCACUGAUACUUAUUUCCCGGAUUGGAUUUAUAAGCAUCUAGAGCAGGGAAGCAGCAAUUUAGGAUUGCCCAAUCCUAUGACCCAAGAGGAAAAUGAACUUGCAAGGAAGAUGAUUUUGGUGGGGUUGUGGUGCAUACAGACAAAACCAUCAGACAGGCCAUCCAUGAGUAAAGUAAUUGAAAUGCUGAAAGGAAGCAUUGAAGCCUUGCAAAUACCACCAAAGCCUGUUCUAACUACUCCUAUAAGAACACCAGCAGAAUCAGAAUCUAACACCUUAUCAUCACUUAUUUGUUAAUAUAUUUUCUAGAUUAAUUGGUGUACUGUACGUGUUUUGGGUGAUUCAGUUCCUAGUCAAUUUAAAGUCAUUCUAAUAAGAUUUUCCGCUUCACUUUUUUCUUUUUGGUCAUAGCUCUAUCUUGUUUAGUACUUUGUUGCUCAUAUGAGAGCUAACCUUUCCUAAAAGCACUAUUUUGAAUGUAGAAGAACUUAUGAUGAAC